AUGUGCAAGGCCAAAGUGGCCGUCGCCGGGACUGAAGAGUCGGUUCAGGCAAGCGUACCUGUUCAAAUAGCCCCUUCUCCGAAGCCAACACCAAUGCUGGGUAAAAGGAAUUGGUUGCGACGAGGCACUGGAGCCUCAAUCUUGUCCGUGAGCUUCACCUCCCUUGCCCUUUCUGGGGACGAGCUGCGGGUAUCAAGCAGUGGUGGGUGCGAGCUUCUCUGCAGCUACAACUGGAUCGAUCGGCCUCGGCCUACCAUCUAUGUUCCAGGAGGUGCGCCCACGUUUAAAGAGGUCUCGGUGCCGAUGACACUGGACAAAGACUCCGGGAUCCAGUACAUUGACCAGAAUGCUGCUCGAUUGCCCAGAUAUCCUUUCGAGGUCGUGUUCGAUGCUCUCCAGGUGAUGAACCCUCAUGCCACGUUCAACAAAAUCGACAUCCUUGUCAAUCGCAACAGUCUUCGGAGAUUGCUCGAGUUCUGUCGAGGGCGAGGCGUGGACUCGUUUCGCCUAAACCUCUUUGUUGUCGAUAGCACCCUAAUCAUUGAGAGAUGCACAAAAUCCGCUACACAGAUGAUACAUGGCUCUCAAGAUUCUGGGUACGGCAGGUCGUUUGAGCACGCAGUAACAGCCACCCACGCGGAUUUGCAAGGCAGUAUGGGUCAUCACUGCGUUUUAAACUAUAACCUUGGUGCACUCAAGUGUGCCGUUCGCUUCGAGGUCGAUGCAUGCGUAGUGCCGGCGGGUGUCGACCCUGAAACACAAGUCCAAGGCACAACUGACAGUUUUGGUCAUGAUGAUGUCAACAGUCUGGUCAGAGAUUUCCAAAUUGUAGGCCUGAAAAACAAACGAACCUCUGGUCAGAGUACUGGCUCGACACAGGUCAUCCGCCGUGGACCGGGGACCAGCCCGAAUCACAUGGCCGAGAUCAAGGCAAAUGCAAAACCCCCAGGACAGUCGAUGCCACAAAUGUGGUUUGGCCGUACACCCCAUCUCAUCCGAGGUCGUCAUGACAAGGCGACCUUUACCGAGGUCAGCGUUGACAAUAUCAGUCUAGACUUUGAGGUCUGGGAGAACCAGUCGCGGAAUCAGGAGGCCCUACAGAAAAUGGUUGGCCUGAUCUCUCGGCUUAGGGAAAUUGUACAGGCUACCCCGGAGAGGGCUUGUGUGGCGGUGUGUGAGAGAAGCUUGGGGCCAUCAGCUCUUGAGAUUUUCCAUUCAACUGGUAGAAGAAAGCCACUCCCGGACCACCUUGUCGAGAAGUUCUGGACGUCGGAGAAUUGA